AUGGUUGCCGCCUCAUACACUCUGGCCGCGGCGGUUGGUUCGCUGACUGUCAUGGCUGUCGGCAACGUAUUUGGGCGUCGAUAUUGCAUCAUCAUCGGCAACGUCUGUGCCAUCAUCGGUCCCGCGCUGCAAGCAUCUACUUGGUCGGUAUCGCAAAUCAUUGUAGGGCGUGUUAUUGGGGUGAGCAUCCGUCCUCUCAGCAUGUCCUCCAAGAAGUGCGCCACUGAUUCGUCUCAGGGAUUUGGCCUUGGAUUCAUCUCUUGCACCGUGCCAACGUACAUGGCCGAAAUGAGCAUCAAUCCGAAACAACGCGGCCCGGAAAUAGCGAUACAAUGCGCAGUUCUCAUAUCAGGUAUCGCUCUGGCGUACUGGGUGGCCUUUGGAUUUACGCGAAUGGACAACCAGCUGUCCUGGCGAUUCCCGAUUGGACUACAGGCAAUUUUUGCCAUUAUAUCGUUACUUGGCAUGUUGAUGCUUCCAGAUACCCCUCGCUGGUACUACUCUACAGGUCGAGACGAGCAGGGCGACAAUGUUCUCUCACGACUCCACGCUUUGCCACUCAACCAUCCCAAGGUCCAGGCGCAAAAAGAAGAGAUCCAGGCCUCCAUCCGGCUCGAAACACAAGAAGUGACCAAGUUCGACCUCUCUCUUCUUGUUUGGGAUACCAGUGAGCUUCGUGUUGGGCGGCGUAUUCGCAUCGCCUUUCUAAUCCUGUCGCUCAAGCAGAUGAUGGGAAUCAACAUGAUGGUCUACUAUAGCACUCUCAUCUUUUCUCAAGUUGGCUUGUCAAGCUUCCUCUCACAGCUCUUAGCUGCAGUCAUGAUGACCAUUUAUGCCUUUGGAACAUAUGUGCUGCCGAGCACCAUUGAACGCUUUGGACGCAGGACCAUUCUUUUGACAACCGCGAUAGCCUGCACAGUUUUCAUGCUCAUCUUUGUUGUCAUGAUUGCGGUACCAAAUCGAACACUGGUAACGCAGUGGACAGGAGUAGCAGCAGUCAUUCUGUUCAUGUGUUCCUUCGGGUACGGCUGGAUUGGUAUUCCUUGGCUGUAUGCAUCCGAGAUUGCGCCACUCAACUACCGACACGUCGGCGGUGCCGCAGGUGCAUUCGGAGAAUGGGUAUUCUCCUUUGUCACAGUUUUUGGCGGUGGGUAUGCUAUUGCGAGCGUCGGCUGGAGAAUAUGGAUUUGGCAGAUUUUCUCCUGCGCGUUGGCUAUAGCAUUUGUGUAUUUUAUGUGUCCCGAGACGAGCGGCAAGACGUUGGAGGAAAUCGACAUUGUCUUUGCAACCGACGCUGUCAAAGAAAGAGCUGUCGCGGCUCUGGCGGAGCGAACUUAUCAUGAGAGCAAGACUCAAACAGGGGCUCAGGCAUACUAUCAGGAUAACGCGGCCUAG